CUCGUGGCCACGAGUUUUGUGUUGGAAGUAACUAUUUGAACGAUACCCUAGUAACCACUGCAGCUGAGAUGAGAUGUAAAGAUGGAGAUGACUGAUGAAAUAACGUUUUACUUUGAAUUAGGAAUGUCAUAUAAAGACAUAGUGCGGUCUCUUGAUUUAAAACACGGGUACAUUAUAAGUGAAAGGCAAGUAAAGCGCAUUCUUAAGUUUAACGGGCUUUGCCGUCGGAAAUUUGCUGACUUGAAUCAAGUUCUCGAAUUCAUCAUUAACCAGCUGAACGGUCCUGGACGCCUCCAUGGAUACCGCUGGAUGCAUAAAAAAUGCCUCAAAAAUGGUAUACAUGCACGAAAAGAAGAUGUUCGAAUAAUUUUGAAAGAGCUGGAUCCAGAAAGUGUAUUACUUCGUCGUCGACGCCGACUUCAUCGUCGGCAGUAUUUUUCUCAAGGUCCCAAUUAUAUUUGGCAUGUAGAUUCGUAUGAUAAACUAUCACCAUAUGGAAUCUGUAUCAACGGUUGCAUAGAUGGAUAUUCUCGUCGAAUCAUCUGGCUAAAGGCAGCACACACAAACAGCAACCCUCAAGUCAUUGCCGGUUACUUCGUGGAGAGUGUACUGCAAACUGGAGGAUGUCCACGAAUUGUGAGAUGCGACCUGGGAACAGAGAAUGUGAUCAUGCGUGACAUACAGAUGUUCUUCAGACGAAAUGAUGGUGAUGAGCGAGCAGGGCCCCGCAGCUGCAUCACUGGCGUCAGUUCAGCAAACCAAAGAAUCGAAAGUUGGUGGGGACUGAUGCGCAAAGAAGGGAUUGAAUUCUGGAUACAGUUUUUUGGAGAACUGAAAGACGAGGGACUGUUUUCUGGAGAUUUUCUGGAUAAAGCUUUGUUGCAGCUGUGUUUUCGGAAUAUUAUUCAGGAGGAAUUGAAUGAGAUUGCUGCUGUUUGGAAUGCCCACCGGAUUCGACCUUCAGCAAACUGCAGUGUUCCUUGCGGGAUCCCAAAUAUCAUGUUCAUGGCACCUCAACUAUGGGGAACAGAAGACUGUAUUGUAGAGCAGGACAGUGAUGAUCUACAAACAGCCCAAGAGGCAUGCUUGUUCCUGACGGCAGUGCCUUGUGAUGAAGAAGUAUUUGAUCUAUGUACAAUCGUCAUGGAGGAGCAGCAGUUAAGCUUCACCAAAGACAGACUCGAAGCAUUAGUGCUAUAUCUUGAACUCAGGGAUGCAGUCCGAUCCCAAAUAACAGAAUAACAGCCUUAAAUUGGUUGGACAAUCAUUGUAUUGAAAUUUGCAAAGUGUCUAACAGUUUUGAAAUGAUCCAUUAUCUUCCACUUUCCUCAGUGGCUUUAUCACAAAAUAAAUGUAAAUGCUUAUGCAAACUGUAAUUGCUCAUGUAGUUAUACAUGUAAACAGUUUUAACUUUCUACAGUGGUAGACAUGAUGGACUGAGCGUCAAAGUUUUCCUAAGCAGAACAAGACUGACUGUGAGCAACCUGAAUAUAUUUAAAGGGAUAGUUCACCUGAAAAUUCAGUCAUAAUUUACUCACCCUUUAACUAUUCAAUGCAUCAAUGCUAUUCGUAUGAAUUUUUUCUUCUGUUGAACACAAAAUAAGAUAUGUUGAAAAAUAAUGGGGACAACAAAAAAUCUCAUAGUUUUAGAACAAGUGUAGGGAGAGUAAAAUUAUGACAGAAUUUACAUUUUUGG